AUGCAGCCUGAAAUUAUAUCAAGGGAAACCAUCAAACCCUCUUCUCCAACCCCGCCUCACCUCAGAACUCACAGCUUCUCUUUGUUUGAUCAGCGCUCUCCUUAUCUUUAUGUUCCAAUAGUUUAUUUCUACCCAAAGUGUUGCUCUGAUACAUCAAGUCAGCUUAAGAAUUCCCUAUCUAAAACUCUUUCUUUUUACUACCCAUUUGCCGGUAGAGUUAGAGAGAGAGUUUCUAUUGACUGUAACGAUGAAGGAGUGGUGUUUUUAGAAGCUCGAAUCAAAUGUAUGCUAUCUGGAAUCCUCGAGAACCCAAAAGCUGAGACAAUAAACCUGUUAUUUCCAGAUGAUUUGCAGUGGAAAGAUUCAAAGUUGAGAAUCUUAGUGGCUGUCCAGAUAAGCUACUUUGACUGUGGAGGUAUGGCCAUUGGUGUGUGCUUGUCACACAAGGUUGGAGACGCAGCCACAAUGGCCUCCUUCAUCAAUGAUUGGGCCACUAUGACUCGUAACCCAGAUAGAAAAUUGUCUCCUGAGUUCAACUUGGCUUCUAUGUUCCCACAAGGUGAUCUACCAAUUCUACCAGAAGCUGUUACUAAAGAAGGAAGCAGUUUCUCCAAAAGGUUCGUAUUUGAGGCCUCUAAGAUAGCUGCCCUUAAGGCCAUAGUUGGGGACAAAGUGAAAAAUCCCACACGUGUUGAAGUUGUGACUGCACUUAUUUAUAAAUGUGCAAUUUCUGCAUCUAGAUCAAGUUCUGGUUCCACAAAACCAACCCUGUUACUCCAAACAAUUAACAUGCGUAAAAGGGUGGAACCACCUUUGCCGGAAAAUACUAUGGGAAACGUGGCUUCCCUUUUUGCAGUAUCAACAAUGGAGGGGGAGAGUGAUAUAGAGUUGCAUGGUUUGGUGGGUCAAAUGAAAGAAAGCAUGGCAAAUUUUUGCAACACUUAUGCGAAAAAGUUUAGGGGGGAAGAAUGGUUGUCAACCAUAAAAGAGAAUUUGAAAGAGUCAAGAAAGUUAUUCAUUGGUGGUAAUCAAGUUGUAUAUACAAGUAGCAGUUGGUGUCAUUUCCCAUUAUAUGAUGCGGAUUUUGGGUGGGGAAAGCCAAUAUGGGUGACUGUUGCUAGGUGUGCGAUCAAUGGUGCUAUCCUCUUGAUGGAUACAAGAAGUGGGAAUGGGGUUGAAGUAUUUGUCACUUUGGAAGAGCAAGACAUGGCUGUAUUUGAGCGUGAUGCAGAGCUUCUUGAAUUUGCUUCUUCUAAUCCGAGUGCUUUGGACUUGAUUUGA